AUGCAAAAGAAUUUAAAUCAGUACUAAAGUACUCCCUCUCUACAAAAAAAUUAACAAAAUUUUGUAAGUGAGAAUUAAGGUUAUACUCAUUAAUAUAUGAAAAGCUAGUAAGAUUACUCUUAGAAUAUGCAAAGAUAGCCUGCUAACCCAAAUAAAUAUUAAAGCAAUUAGGUUAGCCAAUAUAUUUAAAAUAAUAAUAAUAAUAAUUUUGCUCCUACUUUAACGAACUAAAGGACAAUAAGUGGUGGCUAAAAUACUAAUUAUUUUUAACAAUAAAAUUAGCAAGUGUAAUAAAUAGAUUAAGAUGAUUAUGAGUAUACAUACUAAGGUUAAAAUCAAUAAUUAAAUCAUACUUUUUCUGAAGAUUCAAAUGUAGAAAAUAGCCAAGUUCAAUAUCCAUCAGAAAACAAAGAAAAUUCUUUAACAAAUCAAAGGUCGAAUAAAUAAAAUUCUCAAUAGUUUGAAGUUGAAAGAGGAAGCUAGCGCAGUUAGAAUGGGUAAGAUUAAAAUAAUCAAGAAAAAAUAACUAAAAAGAAGAGAACCCUUGCAAUCAUUACUUUAGAUGUAGGAGGUGGAAAUAGCGAUGUAAUUUAAGUAAUGGAAGGAGAUGAUUUGAAUGUUUUAGCUAAGAAUUUCUGCUUAAAGCACAAUUUAGAUGAUGAAUGCAUUUAAUAUAUUAUCAAAAAUAUUUAAGUAUAAUUAGAAAAAAGGAAAUAGAGGAAAAAAGAAAAACCUGCUGUAGAACUCAACACCAACCAAGAAUUAUAAAACAACAAUGCAUAAAUUUAAUAGUAAAAGCCUUAAACAAAGAUUUAAUAGAUGAAUGCAAGUAAAGAUAAUAAUAGUAAUUUUAGAAAAUCGAGCGAAUCACCUAAAUUUCCAGGAUUGAUGCAGUCUCAACAGGGAUCUAUUUAAAACAACUUAAAUCCGUAAGGAUUAAAAUAAAGCGGAGGAUUUAACAUGAAACAUUACAACAAUUAAGCUAUCAUCGAUGAAUAAAACCAAAAGAAAAAGAGACCUUAGCAGCCAAGUUUUGGAUAAAAUUAAUUUUUUGAGUCAAAUUCUCCUCAAAAAUAAAAAAUGGUUUAUGAUCAAAUUAAUGAGGAGGACUAUGAAGACUAAUCAGCAGUUGGCUAAAGCGGUAAUGCUUCUAUGCCUGAUGAAAACUACGAAUACUUAGCAACAAAUAAAUAAAAAGUGAAAUAACAAUCUAAGAGUUCUAAUGGCUAAGGAUAUGAAUAAAUUCCAGCCAAAAAUGCUUUUUUAUCGCCACCUUAAAAUAAUAAAAUGAGUGCUUAAUAAUUCAGCUCUCCUUAGAGUGCAGCUGGCACAGCUUAAUAAUUCUAUAAUAGUAACAGUACAACCAAUGCUAUUUAAAGUUCAAGGUCUGGAAAUUCUACUUUUCCUAAUAGUAAUAGUUAGACAGGAGCAAAAAAGAGCAUCAACAACAAUAAUAGUAGCUUAAACAGCAAUAUUUACAAUUAUUAAGAAGACUAAGAAGAGUUUGCAAACGAACUAGAAGAUGAAAACUUAAGAAACCAAAGGGAAUUAGCAAAAGAGCUGCUUGAAGACGCAGGUUACGAAGAAAUGAACCAAAAUUCUAACAAAUAAGGCUUUUAGAAUAAUUAUAAUAUGAUGAAUAAUUAAUAUGCUCAGUAGUAAUAGUAAUUAUAAUAAUCGUCACAAUAAUAGUAAAUUUAAUUUAGUGGUAGGUAACAAACUCUAAGUAAAAGUGGAUAGGUUCCUAAAUAAUAAAUGGGAAAUUAACUUUACCCCUCUUAAAAGCCUCCUUAAUUUAGCUAAUUAUAAGAUCAAUAAUAAAUGGGAGGUAAUUAUAAUAAUUAAGAAGAAUUUUUCAACCAAGUAAACCAUGGAUAUGAAAAUAAUUAUGACUUCUAAGACUAGUAAAAUUUUAAUUAAGAGACAGAAUAAGAUCAAGUUUAGGAAUCGAGAAAGAAAAUUAUAGAGUAGAUUUCUUAAAAGCUUAAUAUAGAGUCAAGGAAGAGUCAGCAAGUUCCUACUAAUUAGAUAGAAAAGUCACGUUAAGGUUCAAGUUAAUUAAAUACUAGCAACUAAAAAUCUAGCAAAAAGGGAAGCAAUAGAAUUUAAUAGCAACUUGAAGCUAAAAAGGAAUAAUUUUUCAAUUCUUACUUUUCUUAAAGAAAUGUUCCUAACUAAAGUUCACAAUAAAACCUUAAAGAUUAAGACGAAUAGGAUGAUUUAGAUAAUUACUUUGCUAAAGAUGAUCAAAAUAAAAGCUCUGGAGUAUUUUAAGAUACCUCAAAAAGCAGAUAAUAAACAUUGAAUAAAGAAACAAGUUUUGAUUCUCCUUAAAGACAUAUUAAAAAAAGUUACAGCAAUAAUAAUCUUUAGCAAUAUGCUGCAGAGCAUGAUUAAGCUUAAGAUGAAGAAAAGAGUGGUGCUCAGCAGAGUUAUGAACAGUGGUAAAAGUUAAUCAAUUAGAGAUUGUUAAAUGGAUAAAAAGUUAAUUUAAAGGUAAAAAGAGUAUCUGGUAAUUAAAACACUCCUGCUACAUCAGUUAAUCCUGUUCAAGGAAAAGUUUUUUAAAUUCAAAAUAAUCAGCCAAGUACUCCUUCAAACUAGAAAAAAAGCUAGGUGUUUUCAAAUAACUAGAAAAUUGGAAGCAACAAUAGCAUAUCACCUAGAAACCUCAGUAAAAAUAAAAGUGCUACUUAACUCAACAAUAACCCAUUAUCAACCAGUUCGACAAAUAUUAACAAAAUGCAGCAAGAAGUUUUAUCUUAAAAUUAAGUAAACCCAUAUGAAAAGCUUUAUAUUUAAGGUCUUUAAUAAAUGGAGAGAAGACAAAGAAUGUUUGAGGAUAAUCUAGAAAAAUCUAAAGAAAAGGAAAUAGUGGGAUCAACUUUCCAUCCAAGCAUUUCACCUUAAUCUCGUAACAUGAAAUUGCAAGAUGGAGUUAAAUUAGAAGACUAUUUAAUUCUUGAAGGAAGAAAAAAUAAAGAACGUAAAGCAAUUGCUGCUCUAAUUAAAGAAGAAGAAAGUAACUAGGAGUGCAAAUUCAAACCUUAAGUCUCAGUUGUUAGUUAAAAAUUAGCAGAACAUCAACUGUCUUAAUAUGAUUCAAAUUACACUUCCAUUCACGAAAGACUUUACUAAUAAGGUCUAGAUGACAUUUCCAGUAAAGAAGAAUGGAGUAACUAAUAAUUUUACAGAAUAUACCCAUUUAAUCCAGAUUUGGGAGUUAACAAAGAUCGUAAAAUACCUGAAAAAAACUAAAAAGAGUUCGUAAACCGUUUAAUAAAUGAAAAAUAAGAGAAAGAAGCAAAAAUUCUUGUAUAGCGCUAGAAAGAGAAUGAAUUUGUAGACAAGCAAACAGGAUAAAAGCUUUUUCAUCCUAAGAUAAACAAAGACGAUGUUUACUAAAAGGUUUCAUAAAGGGUAGAUUUGCAAGACUAGCUUCUAGAGGAAGAGUUAAAAAGCAGAAGCGUUAGUCCAAUGAAUUCUAAGAAAGGAAGAGAAGUUAAUCCACCACGUAUUGCUUAGCUUAAGUGGAAUGAAUUACUGAGAAGCAACAGGCAACCUGAAUACUAUGAACCUAAAAAGAUAGGUGAUAACAAAGGGAGAUCUGUAACACCAAGAAACAUGAAAACUUUAAAUACAGAUUUUGAGGAAACAAGUUAUAUUCCACUCUCUUCAAGAGCUAUGGGAGCAUCUUAAAACAUGACAGCUAAUUAGGAAAUAGAAAAUAUUUUGAACUAGUCCUCUUUGAGAAACAAGAGAAUAACGAUAAAGUCUUCAAAGAGCAAAGAAAAGAUUUAGACAAUACCAACAAUUAAUUUAAAUAAAAAAAAUAUCACUCCAAAUUCUAGCAAUUAUUACCAUGCUUCAAAUGUAAACUAGACCAAAUUGCAUAAAAAUCCUUCUUAAAUAUUGAACAACUAAACAGGCUUAAAUUAAACUAAUUUCUCAUAAACCGGAAGAUCCAAAUCACAAAUAAAUUUAAAUCCUAAUUAAACCCAACUCUAGCUUUCUGCUAUCAGUCAAUUUGAUAAUAACAGAGUUUUUAAUGAUCACAAGCUAUCUGAAAAAAUAGCGAAAUUAUUUGAAGAGUUUGAUUCUGAUGGUGAUGGCAAAAUAAACUAAGUGAAUAUAGAUAUAUCAACAACGGACCCUGAAAUUUUAGAAAUCAUCUAAAAUGUGCUAUUUGAGAUAGACGAAAAAAAUCUUACUUUAAAUAAAAGCUAGUUUACAUAACUUCUAUGCUCACAUAAUCUAAUAAUACCUUUAAAAAGAUACUACGCUGAAAAAGAAGAUGAAAUAUGCGACGAAGACAUGACUGAUUAUGAUAUAAUUAGAUCAAACAUAUCAGCAAUUAACUUUUAAAACAAUUCCUAUAUGGAUCAUAGCUAAUUUAACAAUUAAAAUUUUUCAAGCAACCUUCUGGGAGUUUCUAAGUAGCAAUAAAAUAAAAAGUAAAGUUAAUAACAAUAAUAAUAUGAAGACUAUUACGAAUAAUAACAAUAACAGCAGCUAGUCCAAAAUCAAUAUUAGAUAAAUAUAAAAAAUGCUAGCAUCCAUAGCUAAAAUAACAAUAACAAUAACAGUAACAAUAAUAAUUCUCAAAUAAUAUAUUAAAAUAGUGUAAAUGCAAAUAACGUCAAUAACCUAUAUCCUAACUCAAUUACAAAUAAUAUAAUAAAUAGUUUAAACUAGAGCAACAAUAGAAAUAAUGUUAAUCUUUCUAAAAAAAGUUCUAAAAAUAAUUGA